UGUAUACUGCAAACUCUUAUGGAUUUUUGUCGAAAUUGUUCCUGGUUAUUGCAUUAGACACAAAAAGACAACCCCAUGUAAAUUUAAUUUAAAAUGUUGUUUGUACAUGCAUUACUGACCACAGGUAGCCAGGUAAACCUAUACAUAAUCCUAAAAUAUCACCUGUUUAUAUACAUGUAAAUUAUGUGUGAACAGAUAACACAAAUUGGAUAAAUUGAUGGUGUUGGGAUUUUUGUGUAUAAUUCAGUAAUCAGGUUGUCUAUUGGUCUGGUAUCCACACACUCUAUAACGUGAUAGCGCGACACCACCAGAUAACGUGACACCACAUCGGACAACGCGACACUCUAAGGAUAUUGUUGUCGUUUUGAAGCCACUACUUGCUAACCAGGCUGGGAAACAAGGAUCUGAAUCAUAUGGGCGUUUGAAAUUUUUGACAACAUGGCAGAUGUCACUAAUCUAUUUAAUGCAACUGUUAAAAGCAUUAAAUCAAGAAACAAAGCUCAAGGAAAAGGGACAAGGAAAGAUGAAAAAUCCUCAAUAUUUCCUGCAGCCAAAAACCGCGGACAAUUUGAAACAACUGCAAGAGAAGUGGUUUCUACUAUAACAAAGCUGAAAAACUUCCUUCUUGAACACAGGAAAGAUUAUGUCAAUGCUGGCAGUCACCUGACAGGGGAGGCAUCUCAUAUGACAGAUUCAGAGAGGGAACAUAUUGAUACCGAGGCACAAAAUAUCAUCAAAAAAUGCCAAGACAGCCUUAAUUCUGUGAAGAAAAAUGCUGAAGCAGAGAGAGUACAUCCACAAGUUAAAGAACACAGGGAAACAGUACUUACUUUGAUCAACACCUAUCUAAAAGUUGUAUGCAAGAUAUACAGUGAACAGAGGGCAGUCAGGGUGAAGCGAGUGGUUGACAAAAAAAGAAUAUCACGCAUAGAGCCUGAAAGACGGUUGACACGCCGAUUAUCUAGACAGCUGUCGGCAGACUCUGACAACCAGUCAGCAAAUGCUCAAUCUUCAUCAACAUCAUUACUAUCCUCAGACGAUUCGAAAAAACCAGUAAGAAGAGUUCCAAGUGAUGAACAACCGAUUUUCCAUGACAGUGAUGAAGAAAUAUCUCCUGAAGAGGCUCAAAUGUUUGAAGAAGAGAAUAAAAGUGUUUUUGAAGAGAUGAACAGUUUAUCAGAAGAAAUUAGUAAAAUACAGGGAAAAGUUGUUGAAAUAGCAAGUUUACAAGAAGUAUUUACAGACAAGGUUCUACAGCAGGAAGAGGAAAUUGUUAAAAUUGCCGACACUGCAGUUUUUACAACAGAAAAUGUUAAAGGAGGAAAUGAAGAGAUUAGAGAGGCAAUGAAGAAGAAUGCUGGUUUCCGAGUGUGGAUUUUAUUUUUUUUACUAGUUCUCACAUUUUCUCUUCUAUUUCUGGACUGGUACAGUGGUUGAUGAUGUGUAUGUUAAAUUCUUAGAAAUACUUUGACAAAGCAGUCUUUUUUAUAUAUGAGUAAUAAACAGACAUAGCAGAUUGUUAGGUGAGGAAAUUAUUACGAAACCAUUAUUUCCGUAAUUUUUGAAGGACUGGAUCCUUUAUUGAACAGAGUACCUUUGAGCUCGCAGCUGGAACAUUCUAGGUCAAAAGCUAGAUCCUAAGUUUAAACAGAUGAUAUUUAAAAGACCCUAGUUCAUUCAAUCUAGUCUAAGACUUGAAGUAAAGUGGGUAAAAAGGCAUAAACACUGUACAUGUUAUAGUAGACAUGUGACAGCCCGCCCGCUUAGCUCAAUAGGGAGAGCGCAGAGCUACGGAUCUCAGGGUCGUGAGUUCGAGCCCUGGGCGAGGUGUAUGUUUUCCCAUUACGAUUUGAUAAAAGAUAUUGUCUGAAAUCAUUCGUCCUCCACCUCUGAUUCAUGUGAGGAAGUUGGCAGUUACUUGAAGAGAACAGGUUUGUACUGUUACAGAAUCCAUGAACACUGGUUAGGUUAACUGCCCGUCUUUACAUAAUUGAAAUACUGUUGAAAAACAAUGUUAAACCCAAAACAAACAAACAAGAGAUAUGUGACAUACAUAGAUUUCUUUUAAAAACAGUCCAAGGCAAGUUACAGAGAAGUGCCAAGUGCGUAAAUGGUAUUUAGUAAUAUGUGUAUACAGUCAAGCCAGUAAUUAUACUGCUUAAGGCAAAUGGCUGCUUAUAACACAUGGUUGCUGAAUUAAGUUCUGCUUUAUAUGUGUAUUUCUUUAUUGUUGUAUGUGUAAAUGAUUAAUGUUUGAUUAAUUUCUAUACAAUGCUUAAAUGGUUAAUGGUUGUUGUUUGAUAAAAUUAAAGUGCAAUAAGUAAAAUGUAA